CUAAAGAAAGAGAACCUUCUGGAACUAAAUACGUGACAGUGCUCAAAACCAUCAGAGGCUUCAGCCAAGAAAAUUCACGGCACAGAUCGAAUAUUCGUAGUUGUCACUUAGACUCUUCAACUCCAAUAAUUACUGACAACAAAAAACCAUCUCUUUUUUUCUCUUUCUCUGUUGUUUUCAUUUCUCAAUUACUUGUAUUUUUCUCUUAGGUUUUUUUGUUGUUGUUGUUGAAAGUUAUAAAACCUCAUCACCCAAAUAUUUCUCUUUCUCUCUCUCUCAUCUUAAGAACAUAAGAGAGAGAAAAAUCAAAUCAAUGGGGAGUGGAAGUGUGAAGAAUGUGGAGUCAAAAGAAGAGCUUGAGAAGGCAGUGAAUGAGGGUACUUCAGUAAUUUUACAUUUCUGGGCAACUUGGUGUGAUGCUUCCAAACACAUGGACCAAGUUUUCUCUCACCUCUCUACUGAUUUCCCUCAUGCCCAUUUCUUCAGGGUUGAAGCUGAGGAGCAACCAGAGAUAUCUGAGGCUUAUUCUGUUUCUGCCGUGCCAUACUUUGUCUUUUUUAAGGGUGGCAAGGCAGUUGAUACAUUGGAGGGAGCAGAUCCAUCCAGCUUGGCCAACAAAGUCUCUAAAGUUGCUGGAUCAGUUAACCCUGACGGACCCGCUGCACCUGCCAGUCUUGGGUUGGCUGCAGGAUCCACUAUCCUUGAAACAGUGAAAGAACUUGCUAAAGAUAAUAGGACAUCUCCACUGGUUACCCAAUCUGUUCGCACUGAUGGACUCAACAAGAAACUUCAACAGCUGAUUAAUUCUCAUACAGUUAUGCUAUUCAUGAAAGGAAGCCCAGAAGAGCCACAAUGUGGUUUCAGUCAGAAAGUUAUCAACAUCUUGAAGGAAGAGAAAGUCAAGUUUGGAAGCUUUGAUAUCUUAGCUGACCAAGAAGUUCGAGAAGGAUUGAAGAAAUUCUCCAAUUGGCCAACAUAUCCUCAGCUGUACUGCAAAGGUGAGCUUCUUGGUGGGUGUGAUAUAAUCAUAUCUAUGCAUGAGAGUGGUGAGCUGAAAGAUGUUUUCAGAGAUCAUGAGGUAGAGACCCCCGAUUCCACUGAUAGCAAACCACUAAGUUCUGGAAGUGGAGAGGGUGGUGUAUCAGCUUCAACUGGCUUAAGCACAUCUUUGACUUCUCGCCUUAUAACCCUCAUAAACGCCAGUUCUGUCAUGCUCUUCAUGAAAGGUAAACCAGAAGAACCAAAGUGUGGGUUUAGCCAAAAAGUGGUUGAGAUUCUUCAGCAAGAAAAGGUGGAAUUCAUGACUUUUGACGUCUUGACCGAUAAAGAUGUUCGAAAAGGGCUCAAGGUUCAUUCAAACUGGUCCAGCUACCCCCAGCUAUACAUUAAAGGUGAACUCAUUGGUGGGUCAGAUGUUGUGCUGGAAAUGCAGAAAAGUGGUCAACUCAGGAGGCUCUUGGCCGAGAAAGGGAUUAUUAUUCCUAGUGAAUCGUUCGAUGAACGUCUGCAGAAAUUGGUCAACAGUUCACCUGUCAUGCUGUUUAUUAAAGGUAGCCCUGAUGCUCCUAAGUGUGGUUUCAGCUCAAAGGUGGUGAAUGCCUUGAAAGAGGAAGGUGUGACAUUCGGAUCUUUCGAUAUUUUGAGUGAUGAUGAAGUUAGACAGGGGCUGAAAAAGUUCUCUAAUUGGCCUACUUAUCCUCAACUUUACUACAAGGGGGAGCUUAUAGGAGGCUGUGACAUCAUUUUGGAGAUGAAGAACAGUGGAGAGCUGAAAUCAACCCUUUCGGAGUAGAUGCCAUUAUGUGAGUUACAGGAUGUCGAAAAUAAUACGGGUCAGCAGCGUGAGUACACAGUAGGCUUACAUGUUGAUUAAUAGCCAGAUGUGAUUUUUUUCCCAACAAUAUACAUGUUCUUAGUAGUACACUUUGCUGUGUAGUGAACCGUUGAUGUUUGGCAUUUCAGGUUUGCUUUCUUUUUAGCUGUUUGGUGGUGAUAGUCUAAAAGAGUAAUACUGUAUAAGUAGACUUGUAGUAAGGCUAUGAUCUAUUCAACUUAUUUUUUCAGUAAAAAUAAGUGAAAGUUUUGCGAAAA